CCUGGUUUCCUGGUUUUCUGCUUCCGUAUCGCGCUUGAACCCCGCGAUUUGCCCCUCGUUCCCGUCUUCUUCUCUUGACGCUCUCUUUCUCUCUACCCUCCAUCUCCUUGCCCACGAACUCUACUUGAACGGCCACUUGUCCUGAGUCGCAAACACUCUCUGACAAAAAUUGAACAUUCCCUUGAGCCAAUUGAUACUUUCAAAUACCCAUUCAACCCACCUCAACCACACUAGCCUCCCAACGAGUCCUCUCGCCGUAAAUCAGACAAUAUGGCCCCCCACGCAAACGGCGGUACCCCUCAGUCCAAUGGCGGAGUGGAGUCGAGAUACCACGCCUCUUCGACCCAGGCCGCGAUCAAGUCCGAGGAGGAGCUUGCUGCCCACAACUACCACCCGCUGCCCGUCGUCUUCUCCAAGGCCAGCGGCGUCCACGUCUGGGACCCCGAGGGCAAGCAGUACCUUGAUUUCCUCUCCGCCUACAGCGCCGUCAACCAGGGCCAUUGCCACCCCGAGCUGGUCAAGGCCUUGACGGAGCAGGCCAGCAGAUUGACUCUCAGCUCGAGAGCCUUCUACAACGAUGUCUUCCCCAAGUGGGCCGAGAAGAUCCAGCAGGUCUUUGGCUACGACAUGGUCCUGCCCAUGAACACGGGCGCCGAGGCCGUCGAGACGGCAAUCAAGAUUGCCCGCAAGUGGGCAUACAAGGUGAAGGGCGUUGAGCAGGGCAAGGCUCUGGUCUUCUCCGUCAACGACAACUUCCACGGCCGAACUAUGACUGCAAUCUCUCUGUCAGUCGACCCCGAAUCGAGGGACAACUACGGCCCCUAUGUCCCCGGCAUUGGCGCCGUCAACCCUUCCACGGGCAAGGCCAUUCGCUACAACAACGUCGAGGAUAUCGAGGCCGUGUUCGAGGCGCAUGGCAAGGACACCGCUGCCAUCAUCAUCGAGCCGAUCCAGGGCGAGGCCGGUGUCGUGGUUCCCGACGACGACUACCUGAAGAGAGUGAAUGAUCUUUGCAAGAAGCACAACGUCCUCUUCAUCUGCGACGAGAUCCAGACUGGUAUCGGUCGCACCGGACGCAUGCUGUGCUCUCAGUGGGCCGGCAUCAAGCCUGACAUGAUCACGCUGGGCAAGGCCAUCUCUGGCGGUCUGUACCCCGUCAGCUGCGUUCUGUCGAGCAAGGAGAUUAUGCUUGUCGUUGAGCCCGGCACGCACGGCUCCACCUACGGCGGUAACCCCCUCGGAUGCGCCGUGUCUAUCCGCGCCUUGGAGAUCAUGGAGGAGGAAGACCUGACUGCCAAGGCUGAGAAGCUGGGCAACAUCUUCCGCGAGGGCAUCAGAGCCUUCAACUCGCCCAUUGUCGAGCUGGUGCGUGGAAAGGGUCUGCUGAACGCCGUCGUCAUUGAUGAGUCGGCUACGGCUGGCCGCACCGCCUGGGAUCUGUGCCUGUUGUUGAAGGAGAAGGGUCUGUUGGCCAAGCCUACACACGGCAACAUCAUCCGCUUCGCUCCUCCUUUGGUCAUCUCCGAGACCGAGCUCCGCAAGGCCAUCAACAUCAUCGGGGAGGCGCUCAAGGAGCUCCCGACUGUCGAGAAGGCCGCGCACCACUAAGUGAAGAUAGAGCUCACUGAGAUGGUAGUGAUGACAGACAGAUACGCUCUCCAACGGGGUGUACUUGUCGAUGAUCGUCGAGCGGCUGGUGUCCUGUCACACCACACUUUAGUGUGGGGUACGGUUGGUCAAGUCGGGAUCCAAUGAUGGACCCUGGCGAAUAGCCUUAAUGACGCAGCAGUUCGCGGCUUGGUUUGGACAUUUAGUUGAGAACUACAAAGAGCAUCGCUUCGUCGAAGCGCAUGUUAUUUUGUCUGCCCUCGAGAACGGGGGGAAAAAAGAAGGCAGCUUCAAGUUGCGGCGCGGGGGAUUGUCUCACGAUAGGGUCAGGUCACACUUGCCUUGCCUGGGACAGGCAGCAUUGGGAUUCCCUUUUUUUUUUUUUCAUCACACACGGGUACGGAGCAUGGAGCAUAC